GAUAUUUUUGCGUCUGUACCACGUGACCCGGCUGUCAAACAUGGCCCCCUCCUACUGGGUGUGAAGGAAGAGACAGCUGACAAAGGAAAGAAAUCUGUCUUUAAGGACGGCACAGCUUCACAUGAUAACACACCGUCAGCCGGAUAAGACUGCCCUGAUGUGAUAUCCUAAGAAAGCAAACAUGCCUGCCAAAUGAUGAAGUGUGCCAGAGAGAGGAACUGACAGAAGAAGGCCUUCAUUGUUGCAGACCAUCUGUUCAGAUCAACCCUCCUCCCUCCUUUAAAUGCCUGCCUCCAUCCAACCUGCAGCCAUGCAGAUCAAUCCAGUCUACGUGGAGUCCUCUGUAGUUCUGGCUGUGGUGCUGUGUGUCCACAUGGCAGUCUGGAACCAGCACUCCUGGUGCAUCAUAGCCCUCUUCAUCCAGGCUUUCUACGUCCAGCACAAAUGGGACCGUCUGCUCAGGUCGGGUGCGGCAGUUUUCCAGUUCCGCCCUUCGGCCAGCAGCGGCAUCGUCCCUGCCUCCAUGGUGAUGCCUUUGCUGGGCCUGGUACUGAAAGAAAAGUGCUCUGCCUCAGGGAAUGUCUUCUUUGAGCGCUUCUCCAUGGUGGUUACCAUCACAGGCAUGAUGCUGGCUCUUUUUCUCUCCCUGAUCGCGUUGGGAAUCACAAGACCGGUACCCACAAACACUUGUGUAAUUGCAGGCCUGGCAGGCAGCGCGAUUCUCUACACUACAAAACAAACGCUGACUGUGUCGGAGGUCAUCGAGGUCCUGGAGGUCCUUCUGAUCUUUGUUUAUCUCAGCCUGAUUGUUCUCUACCUGCUGCCGCGCUGCUUCACACCUGGAGAGGCACUCCUGGUGGUUGGGGGAAUCAGUUUCAUCGUGAACCAGCUCAUCAAACGCUCCCUGAACCUGGCAGAGGUCAAGGGGGAUCCAGUGAACUAUUUCCUGCCCGUCGUGGUGGUGGGCUCACUGCUGCUAGGAGUUUUCUUCGCCCUCCUCUUCUGCUUCAUGGAGUCGGAGACCUGGGUGUCGUCUCUUUUUUUCCACAUGAUGACAGCCGUUCUGGUUCUAGGGAUCCUCAUGCCGUGGCUCUCCCUGUUCAUCGGGCGGCACCCCAUCAUGUGGCUGCUGGACUUUGUCACGUUAAAUGACAGAAGACUCUGUCUGCUGGGUUACUGGGUGUUUCUGGCCGUUGUGGCGACUUGUGUUGUCUUACACCAGAACCACCAGCGGCAAUCAGGAUCCAAGAAGCACCAGGCCUCCACGGUUGUCAGAAAGUACUUUCACCUGAUUGUAGUUGCCACAUUUGUUCCAGGACUGAUAUAUGACCGGCAGCUUCUCCACGUGGCGUCUGUGGGCUGCUUGGCGGUCUUCUUGUUUCUGGAGUAUGUGCGUUACUUUCGGAUCAGGCCGCUCGGUCAGCUCCUCAGGCAGGUGCUGACUUUGUUCCUGGAUGAGCGGGACUCUGGGCCUCUCAUCCUGACCCACGUCUACCUGCUGCUGGGCAUGUCUCUACCUAUAUGGUUGUACCCAGGACCCUGCGUUCCAAAGGGGACUCUUCCAGGUGCAGGUGGGCUGGUGCCCUAUGCAGGUGUGCUUGCUGUGGGGGUCGGAGACACCGUGGCGUCCGUGUUCGGCAGCACCAUGGGGGAGAUCCGCUGGCCUGGCACAAAGAAAACAAUGGAGGGGACUGCAACAUCUGUGUUCGCCCAGAUCAUAGCAGUAGCUAUGUUCCUCAUCUUUGAUGGGAGCAUCAAUCUGAACUCCACCUACUCGUGGAUUGUUGGCUCCGUCACUCUGGUGGCCAUGCUGGAGGCCUACACCUCCCAAAUAGACAACCUUCUACUCCCACUCUACCUCUUCAUCCUGCUGCUGCUCUGAGCAGACAGAUGGCACAAACAAAAACAAAUCCCUCCCACUGUCCUCAGCUGUCUUUAGUGGGGCAAUAAGAAUGAAGAAUUUGGUGGUGAAAAAAAGUGCAAGAUAUGAGAACAAAUAUGAUAGUUGAUGUAAUAGAAAUAUCUUUAGGAAACAGUGUAAUCUUUUUCUUUCUAGCACAUUAAACAAUUGAGAAUCUAACAGCUUAGUCCAGCUGGGUAAUUUUUUAUGUCAAAUCAAUAUGGCACUAAAAAUUCUGCUUUAAGAGGCAACAGACAUGACAUUAGCAUGACGUUAGUGCCUGUUACCUGUAGAUCACAAAUAAUCUCGGCUGCUUGAGGAAUGAAACAAUCAUUCAGAAUAAGUUACAAAGACAUGCGGGGAAAAGUUGCUAAAAUGAGUCUGUAUUAUUAACUGUAGUAGUAUACGGUUUCUUCUGCAUGUCACUGUCCUGACUGCAAGGUAUUUGACUGCUGACACAAAGUCCACCUGAAUUAUGCAACAGGAGAUAGUUUAACCAAGUGGAAAAACAUCCUUUAAACACCCCCACAGAUCCCUGGAUAGAACAGACGCUGCUAACAUAUCUUGAUCAUCAGUGAGAACGUUCCCCUCUCCUGUCCUUGACGGAUUCAUGCCUUUGUAUUGCCUUUGAAGAACAUUAUUUCAAGUUUGCUUGUUGAUACGACUUUUCUUAGUCAACAUUUUUGUUAUGACAUUAUUUUGCCUCCCCAAUGGCAAUAUGAAAAGACUUAACUGCUGAAAAUAUUUGCCUUAAGAUGUAUCUUUUCUACACACAUUUCACUCAUUAUAACUACUGUUGUAAAUGAUGUAGAUGAAAGCAUGGCGGCCCUCUCAACUCUUCUUAAUAAGGGCUGAUUUAUACUGCACUAUGGCAGAAGUCAUUAUGCUCAUGCAUGACACUGAUGUGAAAUACAGUACUGUAACAUGUACACAGGUAUCCUACAGUACAUCUUUUUGUUUGGUAAACUGAAUUUGUUUUCUGUAUCUCUGGUUUUCUGGGACCCCUUAAGUUUAGAGUAAUGUGUACAUUUCCCUGUUCUACUGAGCCUUCAAACCCUGCAGAGUUCUGGAGUCUGUCGACAAGCUUUGGGCGUCAAUAGUUCAUAAGAGCCCUUUAUUUCUUUGCUGCAACUUUUCCAUGUUGUUUUAUUUUAGCUUUAAAACUAUUCACAAAUGAAGUCAGGUUUCAUUUCAUCAUUCUUUGAUGAGGAUGGUAAAGUUCUCAAUCAAAACUUGUUUUCAGCAUGAAUUUCCAGCCUUCGUGUUUUUGAUGUUUUAACGAUUAAUGAGCAUGAUCUUCCUCGUAUGUUGUUUUUGCCAUCAUCAUUGCAUUUUUGAAAAUAAUAUUGCAUGUUGAGUGCAUCAGAGAUGAAAGGUUACGUUAUUAAGAGUUCUCUUCUUAUGUUUAUAAAUGAGUUAUGAAGCAGAUUCUUUGCUACUGAGUGAUCUCAAUUUGCCUUCAUUAACAUUUACCUUUGAUUUCCUUUUUUAUUUAUAGGCUAUGACAUGGUUCCUGAUUCAUGCACAUGUUAUUUUGUAUUGAAAAUGCGUCUUAAAAAUGAACAUACUUGAAAAUAAAAUACUCACUGUUGUCUGUAAAAUCUGAA